AUGAGAGCGUCUAGGGUAGGAGCCCAGCUCCCUAUCGAACUUACCCUGCUUGCCGCCGAAUAUCUUACACCUGUUGACCUGCUCUCUCUCUUAUAUGCAGUUCCUGGGCUUGUACGGUCCCUGACUUUUCACCAUACCACGCUUCAGGAUGAAGGAGGGAGGACGAUCCUACAUCUACUCGCGAGGGACGGCGAAUUGCUGAAGCUACUACUCGCAAACGGCAGUAUCAGGCCAGACCCGAAGGAUAAUUGUGGCCGGACACCGUUAUCUUAUGCGGCUGAAAAAUAUGAAGUGGCGGUCAAGCUACUGCUAGACCGACAAGAUGUUGAAGCAGACUCAAAGGAUAACCUAGGUCGGACACCAUUAUCCUAUGCAGCUGGGAGUGGAUAUGAAGCAGUGGUCAGGUUACUGCUGGAUCAAGGUGUUGAAGCAGACUCAAAGGAUAACCUGGGUCGGACACCAUUGUUAUAUGCGGCCUGGCACGGACAUGAAGCAGUGGUCAGGCUAUUGCUGGACCAAGAUGUUGAGGCGAACCUAAAGGAUAAUGACGGGUUGACUCCGAUAUCCUGUGCAGCUGGAGCGGGGCAUGGAGCGGUGGUCAGGCUACUGCUGGACCGACAAGAUGUUGAGGCCGACUCAAAGGAUAACUUGGGUCGGACACCAUUGUUGUAUGCAGCCUGGCGCGGACAUGAAGCAGUGGUCAGGUUACUGCUGGACCGACAAGACGUUGAGGCAGACUCGAAGGCUAACUGGGGUCAGACACCAUUGUCCUUUGCGGCUGGAGGUGGACAUGAAGCAGUAGUCAGGCUACUGCUGGGCCGACCAGAUGUUGAGGCAGACUCGAGGGAUAACUUGGGUCGGACACCAUUAUUAUAUGCAGCCUGGCGCGGACAUGAAGCAGUGGUCAGAUUACUGCUGGACCAGCAAGAUGUUAAGGUGGACUCCAAGGCUAACUGGGGUCGGACACCAUUAUCCUGUGCGACUGAAGGUGGACACGAAGCAGUCGUCAGGCUACUGCUGGGCCGACAAGAUGGCCAGACGGACACGAAGGAUAACUGUUGA